CGGGACACGCCAGGUUUAGUUCACUGAUUAACUCUGCGAUGAUGCUAUAUAAGUUGAUGGAUAUGAUGAUGAUGGUGUGCUUGUUUCCUUGGUUUCUGAGCCUAUAAAGGGCUCGUCAUAGCAUUCGUGGUAUGUUGUUGGAUUGGUAUUGGUACUGGCGAUAUCAUUUUUGGUGUUUUUUGCGUCGAGUCAUGAAAAUUGUUUCUUAUCUCACCCUCAUUAAAUGCCAAAACACUCGUCAUAUAUGAUGAAAAUACUUAAUACGCUGGAAUUCUCUUCAAACCAAGCAAACUAUUUUCUUCUUCCCUUGCUCAACCCACGCAGGCCAAUCCUCGCUUCAGACCUGUCGUCUUGGACCAGUCUCAUCAUGUCUGCUACUCGCCCUUCAAUUGGUCCGGUUAAAGUGUCUUGGUUAUCAUGAAAAAAAGAAGCAAACGCUCGGAUUACUCGUUCCGGGAGGGUGUGAGAUAAAAAGCAAGGGCCUCACUCACUGCACCCGGACUGCCGGUACAAUAAUUAGAAGCCAGAGCUAGACGGGGAGAGCUUCCAACGGGCUUCUUCCACCGCCACGUGCCGGCCGCUGAGACCUUAAAGUGCCCUGUGCUUCAGGGGACGAUGGGCUCUGCAGCUACAGGACAGCCCUGCAGCGAUCGGUUAGGGGCCGGUUGGGCGCUAGAGAGGACUGGCUUUGACAUUUGGAAUUGAGGCUCUCUGAACUGACUAUUGACAAUAUUUCCGAGAUGGUUCAUUUUUAGUACACACCAUCUUUGCUCUGCUGAAGAAGGCCAGAGAAUCACCUUCCGCGUUGACCAUGCAGGGCUGGCAGUUGAUCGACACUCUUGGUUUCCUUGAUUGGUGUGAUUGACAUGCGAACUGACGUGCAGAUGCAGAUACUGACAGAGGCGGUCACUUGUUGUCUCUUGUCCUCCCACAUUCAUAAUCGACUGAGGGUUCGUAUUCUGACGCGUAAUGUUCAAUCGCUGAAUGGUGAGUCAGUACGGAGCAUCUCGACUGAACACCACCAGAUCCAUAACUUAGCAUUCCUUGUAAUCACAUGUUAGAGUUUAGAGGCUCUUUGGGCUCCAACCUAUUGAACAAGGGCUCAUACUUGAUGUUGCUCCAUUAAUGGAGCAUAUCUUGAGAUCCACCCGAUACCGGCUUGCCCGGAGCAUCCACCAUCAGCGGAUCAUAGCGCCGAUAGAGAAAAGCCAAGCUUGGACUAGAAAGCUCUAGACACGAUACCAAAUCUGAUUGUGCCUGUUUCUAAUAAUUUCAUCACCAUCAAUAAUCUUGUUUCUAUUCUUGUAGAGUUUUCAGUUAGUUCCAGUAGUUAGUUGUUCAACGUAUUACAAGUCUGGUUAGCGGCAUGAUAGGCAUCCCCAAUAAACAGGCUUCAGUCUCAUUGGGUCUACACCUUGAGUCAAGGUCAAACUCACCGAGACAGACGCCCAAGCGCGUUCACUUGACGCGAAGCGAAAUAGGUUAGGCCAUCACUUACGGAUACUCUUUCUACCCUUGAAGAUCUGGGCAUCAAUAAUCUCCCUGCAUCACCGUUGAAACAUCGUCAUCUCGCGAAACAACAUCACAAUGUCGACGUCUACGUACACCAUCCCUGAUCGCAUCGUGCCAAUGCGCGUCAUCGUCUGUGGCGUCCAUCGCACAGGAACGUUGAGUAUUCGUAACGCUCUGUGGCAGCUUGGUUUCCACGAUUGUUACCACAUGCAAACUCUCUUCAACAAUCCCACCCGGGCCCCUGAAUGGGUACGUGCUAUGGAAGCAAAGUACGCCGAUAAGGGGACUUUUACCCGCGCAGACUGGGAUCAUUUGCUCGGCGAUUGUCAAGCUGUGUGUGAUGUUCCCGCUGCGUUCUUUGGUCCUGAGUUAGCGGAGCUGUACCCUGAAGCUAAAGUCAUUAUCAUGAACCGAGACCCUGAGAAGUGGUAUGAGAGCGUGCUUAAUAGUAUCUACUUGAUAACCACCCCAAAGGGCUUCUUGGCUAAACUCAGUAUGAUUUAUUGUUUUUUGCUUGAUACAAAUCUUCAGUAUAUGGCAAAGUAUAGCAAAUCGAUGAGAUCCCUGGUUCAGAAGUAUGACCACGGAAAUGAUAAGGAGAAGGCAAUUGCAUGGUACAAAGCGCAAUACCAGGAAUUCCAUGACAGGAUUCCAGCGGAUCGGUAUAUCGAGUAUACCAUCACAGAGGGCUGGGGACCGCUGUGUGAGUAUCUCGGUGUUCCUGUACCAGAGGUUCAGGACCCUGUGACAGGCAAGACGGUGGAGGCACCGUUUCCACAUCUCAAUGACGGCGAGACGUUUAGAAGGAAUAGCAAGGUCAUGAAGAAGAAGACCAUGGAGAGGGCGAAUCAGAAUCUACUGGCGGCUGUGGGCAGGCUGGCCUUGACGGGUGUGGUGGGAUAUGCUGGUUAUCUGGUGUGGAAGACUCGACUUGGAGGACGUGUUUAGUCGAGCUUGACUAUGUUGAUUACUUGGUCAAUGAGGAUCGUGUAUUUGUAUUGUAUCAUAGAAACUUUCUUGUCCUGUUGUUAAGGGCAUCCGGGAAUUCAGGCACCAGGCUACUCACAUGCAAGUUAUGCUAAGGGUAGUCUGUUCAACACCAACUUUGGUGCAUCAUUACUCUUAUUCAUAUCAUUCCUGUAGCAGACCUGUCAUAUACAAGAGACACAUCCCAUCGUUUCCUGAACUCAUAACCUUCCAAUCAUCAUCAACCCAUCAUCUUUAAAAGCUUCAUAAGCUCCGCAAUAUCAGCAUUACUCGCCCUUCCCCCCAAGUGUCCAUCCCGAUUCAUCUGCUCCAUCUUGAGCUUCCUAGACCCCCACAACUCCGACCCAUCAACAUCAACAUCCUCAACAUCCUCCGGCCCAACCUCCGCAUCCCUCGCCUCCUUAGUUUCCUUUACCCUCGUAUAAAAACUCGUCCAUGGCUUCUGUGGCGACGUUGAGGAACCUAUCAUUUCCCACGCUGCGCUCUCGGACAUCGGAGCUCCCGUGCCCCGCGGCCGUCGAGGAGACGUAGCCUACUACAAAGGGCAGUUGGUCCUCGGAAGGUACGUAGGUGAGGAACUCGGGGCCAACUCCGGCGGCGAGGUCGCGCUUGAGAUCGGUUAGGAGGGACCAGGCGAUGUUGUGCAUGGUGAAGAAGUUGAAGCUGAUACGGGGGAUUUCGCUGUUGACGACUUGGGCGAGCUGUUCGAUGAGACCACUUGGAGAUUUUGGCACUGCCUCGAGCUGGG